CUAUGACCCCUACCAGAUUUUUGAGGUUCAGCAUACACCAUGUUUGAUUUUAACAGUCAGAGUUCUCAGAGGACGUAAUAUUACGUUAGGUUUUCAGGACUAUUACGACACGCCGGACCCAUACAUUAACUUGAUCCUGAGAAGCUCUCCAGAAGGAAAAAAGAGCACAACAGUGAAACAGAAUGACACCAACCCUGUCUGGGAUGAAACAUUCACCUUCUACAUUAACUUCACCCAGUCAAAUGUGCUAGAAAUCAACCUUAUGGAGUCUAAUGCUGUUUGGUUUGACCAGAAAGUGGGCACAGUUUACUAUGAUAUUGUGAACAUUCGAGAGAUGGACAAGCCAUUGGUUGAAACAUUUGUAUUCAACAAGAUAUCUCAAGUGGACAUUGAGUUCCAGCUGGAGUUUGAUCGGAAUCCAACCCUGCGCUACAGUUUGUGUCUGAGCACUCAGGAGAAGGAGUUCAUGGAACUGCGGAAGGAAAAAACUCUAGAAGGAAUGAGGAAGCUGUUGGGAGUAGAAGAUGGGCCACUGAACAUUGAUGAGGUGCCAACAGUUGCAGUGAUAGGUUCAGGGGGAGGUUUCCGUGCCAUGACAGGCUACAGUGGAGUGUUCAAAGCCUUGUCAGAGUCUGGAGUCCUGGACUGUACCAUGUAUGCCUGUGGGUUAUCUGGAUCCUCAUGGCUUCUUUCAACACUUUACUCUCACCCAAAGUGGCCAAACUUGGACAUGAAUGAGUUUCUGGAUGAACUCAAACACAGCGUAGACAAGAGUUUACUCAGGUUCCUGAAUGCCUCCACCAUGUACAGCUACAUGAAGUUCAUGAUCCAGAAGCGCAAGGAAGGCCAACCUGUCAGCUUCACCGACAUCUUCGGCCGGAUGGUUGGGGAGACCCUGUUGAAGGGGAGAAUGGAAACAACACUUACUGACCAGCGAGAGAAGAUUAAAGACGGCACCAUUCCCAUGCCUCUGUACACAUGUGUUCAUGUCAAGAAAGAUGUCCCUGCAAGGUCAUUUCAAGAGUGGGUGGAGUUCUCUCCCUAUGAGAUAGGUCUCCCAAAGUAUGGAACUUUUAUGGACUCAGAGCUGUUUGGUAGUAAGUUCUUUAUGGGCAAGUUGGUGAAGCAGUACAAGGAGCAGCCCCUUCACUUCUUGCAAGGUAUCUGGGGCAGUGCCUUCUGCAUCUUGUUCAAGCGUUUGUUAGAGGACAAUCGUCGUAUUGAUCCUGUUGAGAUGGUUAGACAGGAAAUGGGGAAACAGCUGGAUGAAGCCGGCCAAGAGAGUUCAAGCGACUGCAGUGAUGAUGAAGUAAACUCAUGGGAACUUCUGAGCACACGACGAGGAAGGGCAGCUGUCAUACACAACUUUAUGCGUGGCCUCUCUUUGCAACAGACGUACCCUCUUUCACCCUUUACACCAGUUGAAAACAGGGUCAAGGCAGGAGAUGAAUUUGAUGGUAACUUUGAGAUGCAUUCCACGAGCGUCAAACACAUCUAUAUGGUUGAUGCUGGUCUGACCUUCAACUCUCCAUUCCCUUUAGUGCUGCGACCUCAAAGGGAGGUUGAUAUUAUCCUGUCAUUUGACUUUAGUGCUAGAGACUCUGACAAUGCUCCGCCUUUCAAGGAACUGUUACUGGCAGAAAAAUGGGCAAGACUGAACAGACUACCAUUUCCACCUAUUGAUACAGCUGUGUUUGACAGGGAAGGGAUGAAAGAGCUGUACAUCUUCCGUCACCCCACAGAUCCGCACUGUCCUGUUGUUUUUCACUUUGUUCUUGUCAACAAAACAUUCAGAUACUACAAGAAGCCCGGCAUUCCAAGAGAGACCAAAGAAGAAUUUAAUUUUGCAGAUUUUGAUAUUUUUGAUGAUCCGAAAGCACCAUACUCUACAUUUAACUUCACAUAUGCACACAAGAACUUUGAGCAGCUGAGCCAGUUGAUGGAAUUUAACACACUGCUGCAUAUUGAUGACAUUAGAGAGGUAAGGUUUAGCUCAUUUGACACUUUCUGA